CUCUUCUAACAUAAUAAUUACUUGCUGUCGAGCUACUUAUGUUGACGUAUUGACGUUAACAUAAAAUAUUAAAAUUCACUUUUAAUUCAAUUUAGAAUUAGGAAUGUGUUUUUUUUUAAUAUGAUUAAUCAAAACCAAUUUAAACUUAUCACUUUGCUGAUUACAAAUAUAUUACAUUUGCAUAGAUAAACGUUUAGAACUGUAUAAUAAUAAGUGGAUAACUAUGUCGCAUCAAGUAGAUCUUAAUAUUGCUCUAUUGCUACAGGGGCACGGUCUAGAAGGUGAAGAGAAUGAUUUUUGUGAUUUCACUAUAGCCGAUCAAAAUUCUGUGGCUGAAUCUCAAGGUAUAACACCCACGACACCUUCAAAUUUUAAACCAAUACUUGGAAACAAUGUUACCUAUGUUGUAGCUUGUGUUAUUUUAAAUGACAGAAAUGAAGUGCUGAUGAUGCAAGAAGCCAAGGAAAGUUGUGCUGGUAAGUGGUAUUUGCCGGCAGGCCGCAUGGAAAAAAACGAGACUAUUGUGCAAGCUACUACAAGGGAAGUGUUGGAAGAAACUGGUUUAGAAUGUGAACCUAAAACUUUGUUAGUAGUAGAAACGGCCGGUGGCAUGUGGUACAGGUUUGUUUUAACAGGAGAAAUUGUUGGUGGUGAAUUAAAAACUCCAGCUAAAGCAGACAAAGAGUCACUACAAGCAAAAUGGAUAUCAAAUCUUCAAGAAAUAUCUCUCAGAUCAAAUGAUAUACUGCAUCUUAUUGAAAAGGCACAGUUAUAUAAACAGAACAGUAUAAGUGGAUCAUGGCACAGUGAUGUCUUACCUGCAUCCAUUCCUCAUGUAAAGGAUCUGUUGCGAUUAGUUAUUGUCAUCAAAAAGAGAAGUACAAAUAAAUUACAUGUAUUACUAAAUGAAAAAACAUCACUGCAUUUUCCCAUGUGUGAAAUAAAUCCAGCUAAAAGUGUACAUUCUACAUUAAGAAGAUUCAUGGUUGAGAUGUUUGGAGCUGAUGUUGGCCAACAUCGUCCACUGGGACUUCUCAAUGUAGAAGCAAACCCAAUAUAUGAUGGUUGUUGUCUCACUUUACUAGUUGCUUUUCGAGCGCCACUUGAAGAAGUGCCUUUGAUUAGUAAAUGUGCCUGGCAUGAAGUAUCUCAAGAUAGUGAAAAAAAGUUACUAUCCAUGAUCAACUCAAAAAAUUCUACUGUUGAGCUACAUGUAAUACGUUAAAUUUUGAAAAGGAAAGUAGCCACUUUGUUAUAAAUUUGAAAAUACUCAAAUAUUUUUACUUGAUAUGUGAUAAACGUAAAUAUACAUCUAUUUCAAUAUUUAAUUUGAUAAAAUGUAGAUCUGUGUCCAAUUAUUAAUUUAUUAAUAUUAAGCACUUGCACACCUAAGCUUAUUUAGUAUCAAUUGUUA